GGCCGAGAAGGCGGCGGCGUGGAGCUGCCUCCCACCCGCGGGCCCGGUCCGGCCGAGCCCCGGGCUCUGCGGCGACGCCGGGAUCCUGCCUCCCCCAGGCCGGCCGCCCGGCGCCCCGAGGAGGCCGCUGAGCCCCGGGCCAUGGUCCCGUCCCGCCGGCCGUGGAACCUGGGAGCCACGCCCUCGCUGCGCGGCCUGUGGAGAGUGGGCCGGGCCGGGGAGCCGGAGCCCGGGAUGGCUCGCCCCGCCCCCGCCAGCCCGGCCGCCCGCCCUUUCCCAUACACCGGCCCGGGGAGGUUGAGAACUGGGCGUGGAAGAGACACCCUGGUCAGCAGUGACGAGGACUCCGGUGCCCGAAGCGCAGCCCGCCCGGCCCUAGCGCAGUGCCGAGCCCUCAGUGUGGACUGGGCUGGCCCUGGGAGCCCUCACAGGCUCUACCUGACCGUGCAGCAAGCCCUGCUGGACAAGGGGUGCGAGAACAAGAGUCAGGGGACGAAAGAAGAGAAGCUCCCGAAGAGGCAGGCGCCGGCCCCCAGGCGGGACCGGGAGGCCCAGGAAGCUGGUGGCACCAUGAAUGUAGAGAAAACAGGUGGGCGGCUCUUUGGCAGCGGGAGGUGCUCGAGCCUGGGGGGGCCAGCGGGUGCGGCCCCCAUGAUGCAUAGGAUGGUGGAGGCCAUGUCCCAGCUGCAGGAGGAGAAAGCCCGACUGCAGGAGGAGCUGGCAGCCGUGCAGGAGAGGCUGGCCCUCCGAGACAGUGACCAGCAAGCCACCUCCACCCAGCCGCAGAACCAGGUGGAAAACCUGAAGGAGAAGCUCAUCAGCCAGGCCCAGGAAGUGAGCCGCCUCCGAUCAGAGCUGGGGGGCACGGACUUGGAGAAGCACCGCGACCUGCUGGUGGCGGAGAAUGAGCGGCUGAGGCAGGAGAUGCGGCGCUUCGAGGCCGAGCUGCAGGAGCUGCGGGCCAAGCCGGCAGCCCCCUGCUCGGGCUGCGAGCACAGCCAGGAGAGCGCCCAGCUCCGGGACAAGCUGUCGCAACUCCAGCUGGAGGUGGCCGAGAACAAGGGCAUGCUGUCCGAGCUGAACCUGGAGGUGCAGCAGAAGACUGACCGGCUGGCCGAGGUGGAGCUGCGGCUCAAGGACUGCCUGGCCGAGAAGGCGCAAGAGGAGGAGCGGCUGAGCCGGCGCCUGCGAGACAGCCACGAGACCAUCGCCAGCCUGCGGGCCCAGUCGCCGCCCAUCAAGUACGUCAUCAGGACUGUAGAGGUGGAGUCAUCCAAGACCAAGCAGGCCCUCAGCGAGUCCCAGGCCCGGAACCAGCACCUUCAGGAGCAGGUGGCCAUGCAGAGGCAGGUGUUGAAGGAGAUGGAGCAGCAGCUGCAGAGCUCACACCAGCUGACCGCGCAGCUCCGGGCGCAGAUCGCCAUGUAUGAGUCUGAGCUGGAGCGGGCACAUGGGCAGAUGCUGGAGGAGAUGCAGUCCCUGGAGGAAGACAAGAACCGGGCCAUCGAGGAGGCCUUUGCCAGAGCCCAGGUGGAGAUGAAGGCUGUGCACGAGAACCUGGCAGGUGUCCGGACCAACCUGCUGACGCUGCAGCCAGCACUGAGGACCCUCACCAGCGACUACAAUGGGCUCAAGCGGCAGGUGCGGGGCUUCCCCCUGCUUCUGCAGGAGGCCCUCAAGAGCGUCAAGGCUGAGAUCGGCCAGGCCAUCGAGGAGGUCAACAGCAACAACCAGGAGCUCCUGCGCAAGUACCGGCGGGAGCUGCAGCUGCGGAAGAAAUGCCACAACGAGCUGGUGCGGCUGAAAGGGAACAUCCGGGUGAUUGCUCGUGUCCGGCCAGUCACCAAAGAGGAUGGGGAAGGACCUGAUGCGACCAAUGCUGUGACCUUCGAUGCUGACGACGACUCCAUCAUCCACCUGCUGCACAAAGGAAAGCCUGUAUCCUUCGAGCUGGACAAGGUCUUCUCCCCGCGGGCAUCACAGCAGGACGUGUUCCAGGAGGUGCAAGCCCUGAUCACCUCCUGCAUCGAUGGCUUCAAUGUCUGCAUCUUCGCUUAUGGCCAGACGGGUGCUGGCAAGACGUACACGAUGGAGGGGACCCGUGAGAACCCAGGCAUCAACCAGCGGGCCCUGCAGCUGCUCUUCUCUGAGGUGCAGGAGAAGGCUUCCGACUGGGAGUACACCAUUACGGUCAGCGCGGCCGAGAUCUACAACGAGGUCCUCAGGGACCUGCUGGGGCAGGAGCCUCAGGAGAAACUCGAGAUCCGGCUGUGCCCAGACGGCAGUGGGCAGCUGUACGUGCCAGGGCUGACGGAGUUCCAGGUGCAGAGCGUGGACGACAUCAACAAGGUGUUUGAGUUUGGCCACACAAACCGCACGACGGAGUUCACCAACCUGAACGAGCACAGCUCCCGCUCGCACGCCCUGCUCAUCGUGACGGUGCGCGGGGUGGACUGCAGCACUGGCCUCCGCACCACGGGGAAGCUGAACCUGGUGGACCUGGCCGGCUCGGAGCGCGUGGGCAAGUCCGGGGCCGAGGGCAGCCGGCUGCGGGAGGCACAGCACAUCAACAAGUCGCUGUCCGCCCUGGGGGAUGUCAUUGCUGCCCUGCGCUCUCGCCAGGGCCACGUGCCCUUCCGCAACUCCAAGCUCACCUACCUGCUGCAGGACUCACUCAGUGGGGACAGCAAGACGCUCAUGGUGGUGCAGGUGUCCCCCGUGGAGAAGAACACCAGCGAGACACUGUACUCCCUCAAGUUUGCUGAGAGGGUGCGCUCUGUGGAGUUGGGCCCUGGGUCCCGCAGGGCAGAGCUCGGGUCCUGGUCCAGCCAGGAGCAUCUGGAGUGGGAACCGGCUUGCCAGACCCCACAGCCCUCAGCACGAGCGCACUCCGCCCCCGGUUCUGGGACCACCAGCCGCCCGGGCUCGAUCCGGAGGAAGCUGCAGCCCUUGGCCUGACGGCUGGGGCUGCAGAGUCUCCAGGGAAGUCCAGGCCGGUGCCUGUGUGAUGGACGUGAUCCCCCUGCCAGCCCGGGGACUGGGGCCUGCGGCCUGGCCGGCCUGCUCCCGCUGUAGCACCGGGAGCCCGGGGUGGAGGCCGGAGUGGAGGUAGCCCUUCUGUCUCGCAUCAGAGAUG